UUUGUCUCCCGUUUCAUUAUUCUCGAGCGACGACGAAUUGUUGUCAAGUUUUAGUGACAGAAGUACUAUGGAAUUAUCUGAAGAAGAUGUACCUAUACGCGAGGCCGAAGCUGUUACGUCGCCCACAGUGACUGACAGCGAUGAAAAUAAUAUUGAAAAAAUAAACAUGCCAUCCAUUUCGGGUGAAUUAAAAAACGUCCAAGGACAAAAGUCUUUAUGCGACUACACACGCGAACUCGUGUUAUCCAGUCUUACUGACGAGUUACUAGUGGCAGCCAAUCGGAGGUCAUUAAAUUUGCCUCCCGUUUCAUUAUUCUCGAGCGAUGACAAAUUGUUGUCAAGUUUUAAUGACAGAAGUACUACGGAAUCAUCUGAGGUAAGCGAACCAAAGAGUUAUACAUCUAUAUUAGAAAAAUUGUUGGAGUUCGAGGAAAUUUCGAUGGAAAUUAAAAAUCCCAGCUCGAAGACCGGAAAACACCUACCACCAAUACCUUUAUGUCUGCAGGAAGGUGUACCUAUACGCGAGACUGAAGCUGUUACGUCGCCCACAGUGACUGACAGCGAUGAAAAUAAUAUUGAAAAAAUAAACAUGCCUUCCAUUUCGGGUGAAUCAAAAGACGUCCAAGGACAAAAGUCUUUAUGUGACUACACACGCGAACUCGUGUUAUCCAGUCUUACUGACGAGUUACUAGUGGCAGCCAAUCGGAGGUCAUUAAAUUUGCCUCCCGUUUCAUUAUUUUCGAGCGAUGACAAAUUGUUGUCAAGUUUUAAUGACAGAAGUACUACGGAAUCAUCUGAAGUAAGCGAACCAAAGAGUUAUACAUCUGUAUUAGAAAAAUUGUUGGAGUUCGAGGAAAUUGCGAUGGAAAUUAGAAAUCCCAGCUCGAAGACCGGAAAGCACUUACCACCAAUACCUUUAUGUCUGCAGGAAGGUGUACCUAUACGCGAGACUGAAGCUGUUACGUCGCCCACAGUGACUGACAGCGAUGAAAAUAAUAUUGAAAAAAUAAACAUGCCAUCCAUUUCGGGUGAAUCAAAAAACGUCCAAGGACAAAAGUCUUUAUGCGACUACACACUCGAACUCGUGUUAUCCAGUCUUACUGACGAGUUACUAGUGGCGGCCAAUCGGAGGUCAUUAAAUUUGCCUCCCGUUUCAUUAUUCUCUAGCGACGACGAAGUGUUGUCAAGUUUUAGUGACAGAAGUACUACGGAAUCAUCUGAAGUAAGCGAACCAAAGAGUAAUACAUCUGUAUUAGAAAAAUUGUUGGAGUUCGAGGAAAUUUCGAUGGAAAUUAGAAAUUCCAGCUCGAAGACCGGAAAAAACCUACCACCAAUACCUUUAUGUCUGCAGGAAGGUGUACCUAUACGCGAGACUGAAGCUGUUAUGUCACCCACAGAGACUGGUAGCGAUGAAAAUAAUAUUGAAACAAUUAUAUGCAAUGAUAUCAAUGAUCGUGUAGGGAGUGACGUUGUCGAGUCGGAGAAAUCCACUACUCGACAACUCCGACCUAAACGCCGUUUUUUGUGUGGACUGGGGAGGGGAUUAAUGAAAGUCGGCAGAUGUUUAUGCUGCUGGCGGUGUAAAUAA